CAAUAUCCAAUAAAUGAAAAAGAUGCAUUGAAAUAUGUAAACUACUUAGACCAUCCGCAUUAGCGGUUUUUACCAGGUUCGUGGGCUCGAGUUCUUAGACCCGAAUGAUUAAAAGAAAAUCAAAAAUGGGUUUAAUUAGAUGAACCGGGCCUUACGAGUGAACCCGUAAGAGGCGAGUUCAAGCCAUGCGUCGAUCACUGACUGGCUUCUCCUUUCCUCGUUGACGACGACGAAAGUAGGGUUUCCGCGUAACUCGUUUCAUUUCUCUCCUCUCUGAAAAAACGAGGGUUUCUUUUCUCCGAGGCGAUAUUCCGUGCGACGGUGAUUUCCGGAGGUUUUCUCCAUCAAAUCGAUUCUGUUUUCUCUUUUCCACGCUCUUAGGUCAGUAUCGAGUAGAUUCACGGUGUGUUAGCGUCGAUUGUGUGUUCGAAAGAGAUUUACGAUUUGUGUGAUUUAAAAUCGAUUUUGGGAUUUUUUUUAGGGUUCUUAAUCGAUAUGGGAGUUCGAUUGAGGGUUCAUUUAAUCAUAUUCUAUCGUUAUUAUGUGCUAAUAAUUUUGAUUUGCGGCAGAGAUGGAUCCGGCAGAGGAGAGAAGACAUUCAAAGAGGCAAAACGAUUACAUCAACAUGUUAGGGUUCGUGGCCGAUUCACAGUACGAGAUUCCUAGAAGGUGUCCAUGUGGUGGAAGAAUCAUUGAUGAGGUUCGCCGGAAGGACGACUACGACACUCUUCCGGGGAAGCGGUUCUUCACCUGCAAGAACUACGAGGCUGAUGGGUUCCAUUAUCGUCAGCCUUGGGUUUUAGGUGUGCAGGAGGAGAUCGAAAGGUUGACUAAGCGGGUGGAGGAGGCUGAACAAGUGAUGUUGGAGACGUCGAAUCUCAGUAAACAGAUUGAGACACUGGAGGAACAGGUUAAAACCCUCUCUGAGCAGGUAGAUUACCUCACCGUGCAGGUGGCUACGCUGGAGAAGGUCAGCUUCGAUUGAAAAGCAAAGGUCAGAGAGUGCAGGUCACGGGUUAGAGUUAACGUGUUGGAGGUCACUAGUUGUUGCAGGUGAAGCCUAGUUGUUUUUUUAUGUAUGUUUGUGGUCAGCUUAGUCACGGGAAAGUGUAGUCUUUUGUUUCUUUCUACACUAAUUUUGUAUCACGGAUGAUGUAUUAUGUAUUGUGUCAGUCACAACUUGAUGAACGGAUGUAAUAUGGUUUCAAACUCUCUAUAUAUUAUCGCAUUGUAUCGUUUCAAAAAUAGCACAUCUCUCACUUUUAAACAAUUGCACUUCUCUCACUUCUAAACAAUUGCAAGUUUGGUUUAGUUCUCAUCGUUCAUCUUCACAAAGUAACUCCAAGUUUGGUUUAGUUCUCACGAGUCGGGACAAGCUCUCAUCUUCAAGAACGAAGUCAGCUCUCAUCUUCAUCUUCACAUACGGACAAGCUCUCAUCUUCAAGAAUGAAGUCAGCUCUCAUCUUCAUCUUCACAUACGGAAACAAUAUCAAGCACACAACAAGGUAUAAAACAUGAAUCUUAGUAAUAGCUUGGGUAUAAAACAUGUUGCUUGAAAUAAUCAAACACACUCAGCUCUCAUAUUAUGUUAUGAAAGAAAAAAAAUAAUGGUUUUUGAAGAUAUAUAUUAUGGAUUAUGAAAAAGAUUCUAUGUAUUAUGAAAAAAUUCUAUGGAUUAUGAAAUU